AUGGGUCGUGGUCCAAAGAAGCAUCAGAAGCGCCUCAGCGCCCCUUCGCACUGGCUCCUGGACAAGCUGUCCGGUGCCUAUGCUCCCAAGGCCUCCCCCGGUCCUCACAAGCUCCGCGACUCGCUGCCUCUGGUCAUCUUCCUCCGCAACCGCUUGAAGUACGCUCUCAACGCCCGUGAGGUCAAUGCCAUCCUCAUGCAGCGCCUCGUCAAGGUUGACGGCAAGGUCCGCACCGACUCCACCUUCCCCUCGGGAUUGAUGGACGUCAUCUCCAUUGAGAAGACCGGCGAGAACUUCCGCCUGAUCUACGACACCAAGGGCCGCUUCACCGUCCACAGGAUAACAGAUGAGGAGGCACAAUACAAGCUCGGCAAGGUCAAGCGUGUGCAGCUCGGAAAGGGCGGCAUUCCCUACUUGGUUACGCACGACGCGCGAACGAUCCGUUACCCCGACCCCGCCAUCAAGGUCAACGACACCGUCAAGAUUGACCUGUCCACCGGCAAGGUCUCCGACUUCAUCAAGUUCGACACUGGUGUGAUCGUCAUGGUCACUGGUGGUCGCAACAUGGGUCGUGUUGGUGUCAUCACUCACCGUGAGCGCCACGACGGAGGCUUCAACAUUGUCCACUUGAAGGACGCUGUUGACAACGAGUUCACCACUCGUGAGACCAACGUUAUCGUCAUCGGUAAGGAGAAGCCAUGGAUCUCACUGCCCAAGGGUAAGGGUGUCAAGCUCUCCAUUGCUGAGGAGCGUGACCGCCGCAGGGCCUACGCUCUUGCCGGCAACUAAGGGCGAGGCCGAGCGUGGUGUUAGACUAGCAAUGAGAUUCCAAUGAAGGUAUGACCAUCGGUUAAAGUCCCGAAUACCAAAAAUCAUCCGGCGUUUGGUCGCUCGUGGGGAGGUUCACGAGUCUGGGGCAUACUGCAUAUCAUACGAAUACCAAAUGAGAAUCCAAGAUUAAGCAAAA